AUGGAAGAACUGGCGCCAGGUCGUUGUUUACCAACCGUCAAUAAAUACGAAGAAGAAGAAGAAGGAGACGAAGAAGACUCAACCAACAUGGCGGUUCCCCAGUUUCUGAGCAAAGCAGAGUUAUUAAAACAAGGAGCAGAAGCCCGCGUGUACCGGACAGAUUUUCUCGGAAAACCGGUGAUAGUUAAAGAAAGAUUCCCGAAACGUUACCGACACCCAGAGAUGGACGAAAAACUGACACACCGCAGAACACUGCAGGAAGUUCGCUCUAUAGUCCGCUGCCGCAGAGCAGGCAUAUCUGCUCCUGUCCUCUACUUCGUGGACUACACCUCCCACUGUAUUUUUCUGGAGGAAAUUGUGGAUUCCUUGACCGUGCGAGACCACAUCGUAUCCAGUCAACAGUCCGACUCCUGUCCGAUGGAGAAUCUGCAGCAGCUGGCUGAGCAGAUAGGCCAGAUCUUGGCCAAAAUGCAUGAUGAGGAUAUUAUCCACGGAGACCUGACCACCUCGAACAUGCUGCUGAGACGUGGUCCGGUGGACACGAAGCCUGACCUGGUCCUCAUCGACUUUGGCCUGAGCUAUAUUUCAGCUUUGCCGGAGGAUAAGGGGGUGGACCUGUUUGUUCUAGAGAAAGCUUUUCUCAGUACUCACCCCAACACAGAACUGCUGUUUGAGAAGCUGCUGAAGAGCUACACCCAGUCAUCCAAGAAGUCAUCAGCAGUCAUUAAAAAGCUCGAUGAGGUCCGGCUGAGAGGGAGGAAGAGGUCCAUGGUGGGAUGAGUGCUCAUGACCUCUACAUGGACACGCCUCUAGGAUCUGAUUACUCGCUUAAAUGAUAAGACUAAAGAUUUUUUAUGUUGACCAACAUUACAAAAUCAAAUAAAUGUUCAGUGAUUAAAAUAUUUAUAAC